AUGACGAUAUUCUCUAACAUGGUUGAGAAAGGGAUUGAGAUUUUUAUGGAUGAUUUUCCGGAUUAUGGGCCUUCUUUUGACAAGUGUUUGACUAAUUUGGAGUUGGUUUUAAGGAGAUGUGAAGAGUCGCAUUUAGUACUUAAUUGGGAGAAGUGCCACUUUAUGGUGAAUGAAGGAAUUGUAUUGGGGCACAAGAUUUCUAAGAAAGGCAUUGAAGUGGAUUGGGCCAAGAUUUCUACGAUAGAGAAUUUGCCACCUCCAGUUUCAAUUAAAGGAGUGAGGAGUUUCUUGGGCCAUGCGGGAUUUUAUCAGAGAUUUAUCAAAGAUUUCUCCAAGGUCUCGAAGCCGCUGUCCACCUUGCUAAUGAAUGGGGUUCUGUUUGAUUUUGAUGAGACGUGUCACCAAGCUUUUAAGAUACUUAAGGAGAAAUUGAUUUCGGCACCUAUAGUUGUAGCACCUCAAUGGGAUUUUCCAUUUGAAUUGAUGUGUGACGCCAAUGAUUUUGCAGUUGGGGCAAUGUUGGGACAAAGAGUUGACAAGUUGUUUGAAGUAAGUGUUUGUAAAAAUGUUCCAUGGUUUGCAGGCUAUGUUAAUUUUUCGGCUGCAAAGGUUAUACCUCCUGAGAUGACAAGGCAACAAUUGAAGAAAUUCUAUUCUGAGGUGAAGCACUAUUACUGGGAGGAGCCUAUUCUGUAUAAACAUUGUCAUGAUCAAGUUAUUAGAAGAUGUGUGCCCGAAGAGGAGAUGUUGUCAAUCUUGACUCACUGUCAUACUUUGCAUUACGACGGUCAUUUCGGAGGAACAAGAACAGCAGCAAAAGUUUUGCAAAGUGGGUUUUACUGGCCUACAUUAUUUAAAGAUGGUAAUGUCUUUGUCAAAAGUUGUGAUCGUUGUCAAAGGACUGGGAAUAUAUCAAGAAGAGAUGAAAUUCCAAUGGCUGAUAUUUUGGAAGUCGAGUUUUUUGACGUAUGGGGAAUAGACUUUAUGGGAUCUUUCCCGUCAUCGUAUAAUAACAAGUACAUUUUUCUUGCAGUGGACUAUGUUUCUAAAUGGUCGUUCACUGCUCUUUGUGCUCGUUAUGGUGUUCAUCAUCGAAAGGCAUUGUUUUAUCAUCCAAUUGCAAAUGGUCAAGCCGAAGUGUCGAAUAGGGAGAUUAAAAGUAUCUUGGAAAAGAUUGUAAAUAAGUCAAGGAAGGAUUGGUCGAAGAAGCUCGAUGAUUCACUUUGGGCUUAUCGCAUUGCAUUUAAAACUCUGAUUGGUAUGUCACCAUAUCGAUUGGUGUUUGGUAAGGCAUGCCACUUACCGGUGGAACUUGAGCACAGAGCUUACUGGGCUGUGAAAAAGUUAAACAUUGAUCUCUUUAUGGUGGGACAAAAUAGGCUUGUGGAGUUAAACGAGCUUGAUGAAUUCUGA